CUUGAGUCUGCGUUUCUUGUGGAAAACCGACUUACCCGUACGCAUGAUCACAUAGCGCUCGUCAUCACGACUGGGCAUAUCGCAGAGGCGCAGCAAGCGAUGAUAUGUGCGCGCGACAACUUCCUCAGGCACCCCAGCGACCACCGCCGCAUUCAACACGGAUAUCCACCCGGACCGGGCACAGCCCAAACCAGGUGCAGAAUUCAUUUUGCCGCCGGCCGUCCACAGUGCACGCAUCUUCGCCCAAGUAUCGGCUACACCAGCGACAGCCUCCAUUGCAACCGUGCGUGAGACAAAGUCCGACAGCAACCGUGGCAAUUCCGGCGCACCAUGGUGUGUAUCUGAGCGCGGCAUUAUUUGGGUGAACACUUGGGUGCGUGUCAAGUCAAUGAGCGGCUGGUAAUGGUCAAGUGGAGCAUGUAUGGGGUCAGACGGUAGUGGGACGCGGGCGUAUCGCGGCGCGAGCAGUGCUGGUGUCUGCACUUGUGCGGCGGUUAGGAUGCGCAGGCUGGAGUCUGUGCGGUUUAUGAGCAUCCCGAUGCCGCCGUUGCAUUGCGGAUCUGCAAUGGCGUCUGCAUCAAACCGCGCCUCCACUGAGCCCACAAAGCCGUGGUCCUCAUCAGAGCCGCGGUCCUCAUCAGAGCUGCGGUCCUCAUCAGAGCCGCCGUCCUUAUCUAACCGCGCCUCCGUCGUGCCAUUUCCCUGGAUCUGCCACGCAUCCCACUCGCACCCAGGCUCCUCCAGCUCCACAUCAACAGGUUCCGCGCCAUGCCGCAGGGGAUCAAUUCCCAUGCAUUGUGGCAACCGCGCGCGGAUCUGCUCCGUGUACCGUUGGAUGUCAAUCGCCGGCCAAGCCACUAUGCGCGAUGUAAACCCGCGCAAGCGCCUGUCACGCCGCUGCACGGCUUUCCGCGGCUUGCCGUCGCCGCGCAUAAUGAUUUCUCGCGUGAUGUCGGUUUCGCGCUCAAGCAAUAGACCGCUCAUUGUGCGGUGCGCCAUACGUACGAGGCGUAGGGUUUCGUCGCUGGAGAGGGCUGAUGGGGUGGUCUGCGUGUGUGGAUCCUCGGUGGCUGUCACAGGGAGGCUCUCUACUCUGUUCUCAACUCUGUCGUCCUCUUCGGCAUCUACUUUGCCGUCCUCUUUGUCAUCUGUGUCUGAAGCCUCUGCGUAGUCAGAGGCAUCGGUGUCGGCCUCCAAAACCGACAACUCUGUAUCCGACACCAACUCUGAUUCCGACGCCGACACUGACUCUGACCCCGACACUACCUCUGCCUCUGCCUCUGCCUCUGCCUCUGCCUCUGCCUCUGCCUC